GCCGAGCUAGACGGGCGGCGCGCGUCAAGAAAGCCGGAGCUGCGCGAGGUGCAUCAGGGAAGGCGGGCGCGCGAACGUGGGAGAGAAAUUCCGGCGCGGCGCGAAAGCAGGUGCUUCCUCGCCCGCGCGCUCGUCCGCUCGCUCGCGGGUUUUGGAGGAGCUGGCUCCGCGCACUCCCGUCUCCGCCCCCGCUCGCCUUCCCUCCCGUCCCCUUGUUAAUCUGCCAGCGCUGCGCUGCUUGAGGGCUCCAGAAGAGACGGCGGACGCCGCAAGGAAGAGCCGCCAGGAUUAUAAACUGCCCUUUGCGUAGUAGGGAAAGCAACGAAGACCCAGCCGAGCCCAGCCGGAGGAGAGCAGGUGGGCGGCGGGAAAGGAGCAGAAGGGCAGGCGGAGAAGGGCUGAGAAGGCAAACUUUUUCCGAAGGGGCGACCCCUAGUGGGGGACGCUGUCCGAACCCGGGUUGCAUUUUGCGUCCUGCGGGAGUGAGCACCUUACGGGGCUUCUUCUGGAUUAAGGAUUUUGUGUGGACAAAUACGUGUACAUUUGAGGCUGGACAACAACCAACCUCAUAGUCAGAUAUGUUAUUCCCAUGGAAACAGAUGUUUCUGCUUUUCUCUGUUGGCUGCUUUGGAGGUAUUGAACACUUAAAGACAAAAAUAAGAAGUACUGUAUCUGUGCGGGAAGGACAAGGGGUUGUUCUCCUCUGUGGAGCACCGGUUCAUUCUGGAGAACUUUCCUAUGCUUGGAUUUUUAAUGAAUACCCAACGUUUGUGCAAGAAGAUAGUCGGAGAUUUGUUUCUCAGGAAACUGGACAUCUCUACAUAGCUAAAGUAGAGCCAUCUGAUGUAGGAAAUUAUACCUGUGUCGUGACUAGUGCUGUAGCUAACACCAACACUCUUGGAUCACCAACACCUUUGGUGCUACGGACUGAUGGUGUGAUGGGGGAAUAUGAACCCAAAAUAGAAGUUCAGUUCCCUGAAACAGUUCCUGCUGCUAAAGGAUCAACUGUGAAACUAGAAUGCUUUGCUCUUGGAAAUCCAAUUCCUCGAAUUAACUGGAGAAGAACUGAUGGGACACCAUUUCCAAGCAAAGUAAUGUUGAGAAAAUCCAAUGGCAUGAUAGAAAUUCCCAAUUUCCAGCAAGAAGAUGCUGGUCUCUAUGAGUGUAUCACUGAAAAUACUAGAGGGAAGAACGUUGCAAAGGGACGUCUCACAUAUUAUGCCAAGCCUCACUGGGUUCAAUUGAUAAAAGAUUUUGAAGCUGCAGUGGAGGACAACAUAUACUGGGAGUGCAGAGCAAGUGGCAAACCUAAGCCUUCCUACAGAUGGCUGAGAAAUGGAGAACCUCUAGCAUUAGAGGGAAGAAUACAAAUUGAAAAUGGAGCUUUGACUAUAACAAACUUAAACUUGACAGAUUCUGGCAUGUACCAGUGUAUAGCAGAGAACAAACAUGGUACAAUAUAUGCCAGUGCCAAUCUCCGAGUUGUAGCUUCUGCUCCUGACUUUUCUAAAAGCCCAGUGAAGAAAUUGAUUCAGCUUCUAAAGGGCAGCACAGCUCAUUUUGAGUGCAACCCAAAAGCUUCCCCUAAAGCGACAACUAUUUGGAAAAAGGGAGGUGAGCUGCUCCACGAAAAUGAAAGAAUAUCAUUCUUAAAAGAUGGAAGCUUCCAAAUAGCUAAUGUGAGUAAAUCAGAUGCUGGAAGUUAUACCUGCCUGGCAGAAAACAAGUUUGGAAAAGCUAGUAGCUCAACUACUUUAUUAGUAACAGAUCCAACCCGGAUAAUAUUAGCACCAUCAAAUAUGGAUGUGACUGUAGGAGAAAGUAUAAUUUUACCCUGCCAAGUUCAGCAUGACCCACUCCUGGAUAUAAGUUUCACAUGGUAUUUUAAUAGUGCAUUGACUGACUUCAGAAAAGAUGCAUCCCAUUUUGAGAGAGUAGGUGGGAGUGCAUCUGGAGACUUAAUGAUUAGGAAUAUCCAGCUGAAACACAGUGGAAAAUAUGUGUGUACAGUGAAGACUGAAGUGGAUAGUGUAUCAUCUGCAGCAGAUCUUAUAGUACGAGGUUCACCUGGACCUCCAGAGCAUGUAAAAGUGGAUGAAAUAACAGCUACAACAGCUCAAAUUUCUUGGUAUGAGGGCUUAGAUAAUCACAGUCCAAUCACUGGCUACACUGUUCAGGCCAGGACACCAUUUUCAGUGGGUUGGCAAAGAGCCAGAACAGUUCCUGAUGUCAUUGAUGGGAGAACAUUCUUGGCUGCCGCAGUAGAUUUAAACCCUUGGGUUGAAUACCAAUUUCGUGUAGUUGCCAACAACAAAAUUGGAGGUGGAGAACCUAGUUUACCCUCAGAAAAAGUAAGAACUGAAGAGGCAGUUCCAGAAGUACCACCAUCUGAAGUAAGUGGAGGUGGAGGCAGCAGGUCUGAAUUGGUCAUAACAUGGGAUCCAGUUCCUGAAGAAUUACAGAAUGGUGAAGGAUUUGGUUAUGUAGUUGCUUUCCGACCUCUUGGCAUUACAACCUGGAUACAGACAGUUGUUACAUCACCUGACACCCCAAGAUAUGUCUUUAGGAAUGAAAGCAUCUUACCAUUUUCACCCUAUGAAGUCAAGGUUGGCGUAUACAAUAAUAAAGGAGAAGGACCGUUUAGUCCAGUGGCCACAGUGUAUUCUGCUGAAGAGGAGCCUACAAUAGCUCCUUCUGGUGUAUCUGCAAACAGUCUCUCUUCUUCCACAAUUGAAGUUACUUGGAUUCCCAUUCCUUGGAAAAUGGGCAGUGGGAGAUUAUUAGGCUAUGAGGUAAGAUAUUGGAACAAUGGUGGGAAAGAACAGUCUUCAAACAAAGUAAGAGCCACCGGAAAGGAGACCUCAGUGAAAAUAACAGGCUUGAUGAGCAACUUCGUAUAUUAUACAGCUGUUCGAGCAUACAACAGUGCAGGAGCAGGUCCUUUCAGUGCCACUGUCAAUGCUACCACAAAAAAGCCACCACCCAGCCAGCCUCCAGGAAAUUUAGAGUGGAACAUUACAGACUCCAGGGUAGUGCUGAACUGGGAACAGGUGCACGCCAUGGAAAAUGAGUCAGAAGUAGUGGGCUAUAAGGUUUUAUAUUGGACUAGCAGUCAGAACCAGCUCAGUAUCCUGGACACAAAUAGAACAUUUGCCGAACUUUUGCUGCCUUUGAAUGAUGAUUAUGUUAUAGAAGUGAAAGCAGUGACUGAUGGUGGAGAUGGCAUUAGCAGUGACCAGAUUAAAGUCCCCAAAUUAGCAAGUAUGGAUGCAAGAGGAAGUUGUGCAGAAAUCCUAAAUUGCCUCUCCAGCUUGAUGUCAAUAACUCUGUUCUUGAUUUUCAAUGCAAUAUUGUGAUAGUGUAUUUUCAGAUAGUGCAAGACCAGGUGUAUCAUUUACUUUGAAGUGCUUUUUAAGACAACCAUUACAAGACCAACAGAAAUAAUAGGUGGGAGUUAAUAUGCAUGCAUUUACUACCAGUCUGCAUUUAAACAUUUUUUAUCCUUUCUGAUACUUCAUUCUAAAGAAAUAAAGAUCAUGUCCAUCUCAAACAAUUCCUUCUAAAGGAAUAUAAAAUGCCUUAAGACUUAAUGAACCAAAGGACUUUUUACAUUACAUAUUUCUGAAGUGACAAAAAUAAGAAGAUGAGCAUUGGAAAAAUGCUUUGAGAGUCUUUAUGUUUUCCAAGUAACAAGAAAUUAUUUUAACGUUAUCUGAAAUAAAAACCUUCUAAUAUUAAUUUGCAUUAAUUACAAAUUAUAUUUCACCACUGCUUGAUGAAAAACCUUGAAUAAUUUUCUUAAAGCCCCUCAAUGCUAGACUUCAUUUGAAUAAAUGAUUAUCUCUGUUUAUAUUCAUAUAGACUGUACAUAUUUACUUUUGUUGUAAACUUGUUAAGUAUAAAAAAAAACUGGUUUACUAAAAAGUUCAACAUACUUCCAUUUUUGUUUUAUUUUUUUGCUUCAUUAAUUCUUCGACUAGUCCCCCCCCAUUUUUGUUCAUUUGUUUUAUUUGUAGAAGCUAUUCAAGGAGAUAGCAUUCUCCUCUGUUCUAGACUGAUGCAAUCUCCUAGAAUGUCUUAGUUGAAAAAUGUAUUUUUUUUUAAUUUGAUUUAUAUGCCGCCUUCUCUGGAGACUCAGGGCGGCUUACAAUGCACUAAGCAAUAGCCUUCAUCCUUUUGUAUAUUUAUACAAAGUCAGCUUAUUGCCCCCACAACUGGGUCCUCAAUUUACCUACCUUAGAAAGGAUGGAAGGCUGAGUCAACCUUGAGCCUGGCGAGAUUCGAACCUGCAAUAAUUGCAGGCAGCUGGUCUUAAUAACAGGGUGCUUUAGACCACUGUACUACCAAGGCUCUUGGUAUUUACAAAUACAACUGUAUUUGUACAGUUUCAAAAUUUAAAAAUGGAAAAUCCCAGGAUUGGCAUUUACAUUAGAGCACUGAAUGAUAUCUUAUCUUUUUCAUGUUUUUCCACCCACAUAAAAAAGGAACUGUGCUUUUGGGUUCAAAACCAUUUUAAUCUAUGAAGGUACUUCAGAAGCUUUACAGGACAAAUUCACUUGCAACUCUUUUCAUCCAUGCAGCUUUCAAUUGAGUGCUCACCAUUUAGGAUCCUCUUGAUAUAUCAAACUCUAAAAGUAUCUGCACUUAUUUUAUUUGUGCUUGCACAUCCUUUUAGUAAGCUACUGUCACUCUUCUUGUUCUCUUAGUUUUACAUUGUGUUUUUGUCUGUAUUAGUAUUUUGCUAUGCUUUUUUUUAGAUACAGAUAAAGUGCCCAGAAUAGAACAUCACACUUCCAGUACAAUGCACCAGAGCCUUAUAGCCAGGAAUAACUUCCUAAAUUAUAUGUAAUGUGUUUGAAUAUGCAACCUUCAAUUUGUUGCUGUCCUAAAUGCCAGGUUAUACUCUCUUUGGAUGUAGGUCCAAUUGCAAUGUUUCUAUCCCAUUGUUUAGAAUUAUUCUGGAUGAUAGAUUCAUUCCUGUUCUCUUAUUUAUAUAAACAAAUUUAAUUUAAUGUUUUCAUUGCCAAUAAUGUAUAAACAUCCCUGUUUGCCAUACCUUGUUUACAAUUGCAAUUCUUCUAAAAAUAAUUCUCACUUCAAAUACAAUUUGUAUGAAUUCACUUUUUCUGACCUUUCUACUGAAUACUUGAGGUAGACUCUUGAACAAGAUCUGUAAAAAUUCAAACAUUGCUCUAUAUUUUAUUAGGUUUUCAGAACAAAAAAAUAAUCACAUGACUACAGCUUUGACAGUUUCUCCUUUUUGGUGUCUGUAUAUAAUGUACAUAAGUAAAAUAACACUGUAGCUACUGGCUCCUCAACAUGGAAAAUGGGAACUACUGAUGCUUCCAAAUAGUUGUCUUUCAAUGAGAAUAAAGUUCCUUUACAUAAUACAUAGCAAAUGUUCAUCCACUGAAUGGUAACUUUACCAUUCAUGUUACAAAAAAAUUCUACACCAUGUUCCUAUUACUACCAUUUUCAUGAUCAACUUACUGAAUUUACCUUCUACUGCUAUUGUCUCCAUGAGAUGUUUAGAAUAUACUAGUUUCAUAUUGAAAAAGUUUUGCCUAAUUUUCUUUCAACUAUUAGCUGUGUGUAUAUAUCCUAUGGCUAUCUGUAUGUAUUUUUUUAUUCUAAUAAAAUAUUUAUAAUAUUGAAAAUUU